AUGUCUGUUGCUGCUAAUUCCACGUCGUGGACGUCCUUUGUCAAGUCCAUUGCCUCGUAUAACGGCGACUUGUCCUCGCUCACGGCGCCGCCGUUCAUUUUGCACGACGUGUCACUCACGGAGUACUCCCAGUACUGGGCCGAGCACCAGGACUUGUUGCUUGCGCCGAACUUUAUCGAUGCGACUGGUUUGACGUCCGACGAGUUAGAAAUCAAGAGAAUGGUGGCUGUCACCAAAUGGUUCAUCUCCACCUUAAGAUCGCAGUACUGCUCGAGAAACGAGAGCAAGGGCAGUGAAAAGAAGCCGUUGAACCCGUUCCUCGGGGAGGUUUUCAUCGGAAAGUGGACUGACUCUUCCGAGGAUGCCUCUUUCGGUGAAUCUGUUUUGUUGUCCGAACAGGUCUCGCACCAUCCGCCGGUCACGGGCUACGCAGUGGUGAACGCCAAGAACAACACCUUGUUGCAGGGAUACAACGGCGUUAAGGCUUCCUUUUCUGCCACAUCCUUGAAUGUGAAGCAGUAUGGUCAUGCACUCUUGGAGUACCAGAACUUGGGUGCCGAAUACCUCGUCACCUUGCCGCAGUUGCACAUCGAAGGCAUGUUGGUCGCCUCCCCGUUCGUGGAAUUGCAGGACAAGAGCUACAUUCAGGCGUCUUCUGGAUACCUCACUGUGGUUGAGUUUUCUGGUAGGGGCUACCUUACUGGGAAGAAGAACUCCUUCAAGGCCAGAAUUUACAAAGACAAGGCUGCUUCCGCCAACAAGAAGAAUGCCUUGUUUACCAUAGACGGUCAAUGGUCGGGUGUUUCCACCAUCAGUGAGGGAUCUGAGGCCAAGAAGUCCGGUGCGUUGUUCUAUAACGCUACCAAGGCCGCCCGCAACCAGUUGGUUGUCAAGCCGAUCGAACAGCAGCACGACUUGGAGUCCCGCAAGGCCUGGAAGGAUGUCGCGGAGGCCAUUAGAGCCGGCGACUUCCAGACCAUCUCCGCCACCAAGUCCAAGUUGGAGAACGCCCAGCGCGAGUUGCGCCUGGAAGAAAAGGCUAACGGUACCGUUUGGGCCAGAAGAUGGUUUGCCGAGGUGGAUUUGAACGACCCGGCCGUCAGACUUCCGGCGGCUGGUACCAAGGCCGACCCAGCAUUGGGUUUGACCGAGUUGGCCUGCUUGUCCAAGGGGAACAAUCCAAGCGGAACCGUCAAGGGCGAGAAGCACGACACGUCUGUCGAGGCGAAGCACUGGAGAUUCCAACCGGCCAUGUGGGAGAAGGAGGCUGAGAUUAAGAUCUAG